AUGAAGUUGAACUUCUUGGGGUACUCGAACGAGGACCAAAGUCUCGCCUCAGUAUGGGGUCGCCUCAUCUUUCUCUCGUGCAUAGUAACGGGGGUAUUUUACGUCCUAUUCGGUCUUUUCGCCUGCCGUAGGCUCAUUCUGAGGGACAUUCGGUGGCUUCUCAUGGCGAUCCUUUACUUUUCCAUAGGGGUGUGUCACGCCUUCUUCACCCUUGCGCUGCUCUGCUUCGCCAUCGCGUGCGUUCUCCACACCUUUGAGAAACCAAUGCAGAUCGAGGAAAUGUUCGUGUACUCUGGUAUCAUGGCAAUCAUCACCAUGUACUUUGCCUGUGGGCGCAAAACGAUCCUUUACUCUCUUUGA